AUGGAGAAGCUGUAUCCAGAGGCGAAAAAGAAGAAUCUGAGAACAUUAUGCCCUUUAUAGUACUUCACGGGGUUAAUAUUAGAGUGAUUCGUAAUCUUCAGUUAGCAGUGAGGACAGAAUUUCGUCUGAAGAUUUAUCUUAACAAGCUAUCUCUAAA